GCCGCGCGCCGAGAACAUCGAUCCGCUUUUUCGAACUCCGGAGAAGAAGGGGAAAAUGGCGUCGGCUUCGACGGGGCUGGCGGGAGGGCGGGCGCCGCGGCGGACGGCGGGCAACCGGCUCUCGGGGCUCCUCGAAGCCGAAGAGGAGGACGAGUUUUACCAGACGACGUACGGAGGCUUCACGGAGGAAUCCGGGGAUGACGAAUACAAAGGCGACCAGUCGGACAGCGACGACGAGGUGGAUUCGGACUUCGAUAUCGACGAAGGUGACGAGCCCAGCAGCGACCAGGAUGACGACGAGCCGAAGAGAAAGCGCCGGGUGGUCACCAAAGCCUAUAGAGAACCCAUCAAAAGCUUGAGGCCCAAGAAGCCGGACGCUCCUGCCAGCAGCUCCCAGAAAGUUCGGGAGGAAAGAUCGACGCCAGCAGAGCUCCUGGAUGACGGAGGAGACAGUCGGAAGCACAUGCGCCAGUCCACCACCGAACACACCCGCCAAACCUUUCUGCGCCUCCAGGAGCGCCAGGUGCAGUCGAAGCGCAAGAAGGGGGCCGGCCCCAUCUAUGAACGGCCCUUGACUCAGGAAGAGCUGCUGAAAGAGGCCAAGAUCACAGAGGAGCUCAACCUGCACUCGCUGGAGACGUACGAGCGCUUAGAGGCGGACAAGAAAAGGCAAGUGCAGAAGAAGCGCAAGUGCGUGGGGCCGACCAUCCGCUACUACUCUGGGACUAUGCCCCUCAUCACCGACCUUGGCUACAAGGAAGAGAAUGUGGAUGUCGAGGGUUUGGACCAGGAGAUGCAGCCACCCGCUGCUCCGGAGGCCUCUUCCGCCACUUCCGCUCCGGCUGCCAAGUGUUCCCGCACCUUCAUCACCUUCAGCGACGAUGAGACUUUUGAUCGCUUCUUCCCAAAAUCCCGGGCCCCCAAGCUGCCCGUGAAGGAGAUCUGCCCUGUCACCCACAAGGCCGCCAUCUACCGCGACCCCAUCACCGACAUCCCCUAUUCCAACAUCCGGGCCUUCAAGAUCAUCCGCGAGGCCUACAAGAAGUACAUCACGGCCCACGGGUUGCCGAAUGCUGCUGCUGCGGCCGCCUCAGCUGCUUUGGGCACCGGUUUGCCCACCGCCGAUUCUGGCGUCCGAGCCACAAGGCAGAAGAUCAUCAUCAAGCAGAGCAUCCCGGCUACCUAGGGCCCACACUGGCCCCGUUCCUCUUGUGACUUUCCCCCCGUCGUGCUGCGUUGAUAGCUCCUUUCUUUUAACAUUUGUUUACCACAAAACAGAACUGUUUCUAGUUAUCAUAAGUAUAGCUGAGAAAUAAUCAGGACUUUAAGAAGAUUAUUUAGAUAGAAAACAACUCUGUUUGGUGUUAGAAGAGCUUCUUGAUUUUCUGUAUUGUCUGGUUUGCACAAAUUCUGAGUCGCACAGUGGCUAAAAGUUUCAGGCGCAAACAUCGUCGGGGCCAGAAUGUCGUUCCAAUAGUCUAUGAAAGGAAUCUGCCGCGCGUGCAGAGUUCCAGAUCUCGUUUCGUUGGAGCCAAAAGGCUGGGAUGGGAUUUUGCUCUUCUCUGGUUUUUACUGUCCAAGAGACGUAAAAUGCAAAUGAAUGGAUGGGGGAGCAUUCUGCUCCAAAUCUUGUGACGGAUAUGAUCUUACGUUUGGUUUUUAGUAAAUAAUUUGUAAAUGA